CCACGGUGGGGUCCGGGAUGCGGUCCGGGGGCUAGGCGCAUGGAGCGGGCGCUCACGCGGCCCGCGCCUUGGCGGCCGCUUCCCUGGCAGCAGGCCGGGCUUUUCCUCCUGGUGCUCGCGGUUCUAGCCGGGCCCGGCCCGGGGUCCACGGCCUCCCUCAACUUCACGUGGCCCGUGAAGCGCGCCGUCGUCGUGGACGGCGACGUUGUGCUGGGCGCCCUGAUGAUGGUGCACGAGCGCGAGGACAGGCUCACCUGCGGUCGCAUCAUGCCGCAGGGUGGCAUACAGGCGCUCGAGUGCAUGCUCUUCACCCUGGACUGGGUGAAUCAGCAGCCGGAUAUCCUGCCGGGCUUCAACCUGGGCGCCUACGUCCUCGACGACUGCGACAAGGACACGUACGGCCUCGAGCAGGCCGUCGACUUCAUCAAGGGUUCCAUGGGCAACAUCGACGACGGCACGUACCGCUGCUCGGACGGCUCGACGCCCGAGCAGGUGAAGCAGAAAAUGAUCUCGGGGGUCCUGGGCGCUGCCUCGUCCGUCACCUCUAUCCAGGUGGCCAACCUUCUCAGGCUCUUCAAGAUCCCGCAGGUGAGCUUCUUCUCAACGAGUCCCGAGCUGAGCAACAAGCAGCGCUUCGAGUACUUCCUGCGCACUGUACCGUCGGACACGAACCAAGCGCACGCCAUGGUGGAAAUCGUCAAGCUGCUCAAGUGGACCUACGUGUCCAUCUUGUACGAGGAGUCCAAUUAUGGCCUCAAGGCAUUCAACGAGCUGGAGGAGCAGCUCAAGAGUGAGAACAUCUGCAUUGCGAUCAAGCAGAAGCUCACCAAAGACUCUGGUGUCGCGGCCGAAGACUCGUACGACAACAUCAUCCGAAAUCUGCUUUCGAAACAGAGGGCACGAGGCGUCAUCGUGUUCGGCUCGGACCAAGAAGUGGCCGGCGUGAUGCGCGCCGUGCGGCGCAACAAUGCCACGGGCCACUUCUCGUGGAUUGGCAGCGACGGCUGGAGCGCCCGCGCUGUGGUCUUCGAGGACCACGAGGCGCAAGUGGAGGGCACGCUGUCCGUCCAGCCGCAGGCGAGGAAGGUAGAGGGCUUCGACGACUACUUCCUCAGCCUCACGGUCGACAACAACCGACGGAAUCCCUGGUUCACCGAGUUCUGGGAACAUUUCUUCAAGUGCAAGUGGCCCGGCAGCCUGGUGACGCCCUACAACCAGGACUACGCACGGCGGUGCACGGGCCGCGAGAGGCUGAGCCGCUCCCAGGGCUACGAGCCCGAGCGACAGCUGCAGUUCGUGGGCGACGCCGUGCUGGCGUUCGCCUACGCGCUGCGCGACAUGCACCGCUCGCUGUGCGGCGCCAACUACGUCGGCCUCUGCGAUCGGAUGGACCCCGUGGACGGCACCGAGCUGCUCGGGUUCCUGCAGGACGUCGAAUUUACAGGGCUGAGCGGCGAGACGUUCCGCUUCUCGGAGCACGGCGAUGGCCCCGCGCGCUACAACAUCCUGCACUUCAAGCAGGUGCGGCGGGGCGACUACCGGUGGGUGCCGGUGGGCGACUACAGAGACGGCUCCCUGCGACUGGACAUGAGCCAGCUCCAGUUCCGUCUAGACGACCCCGCCAUGCCGCGCUCCGUGUGCAGCGAGCCCUGCCCCCGCGGCUGGGCGACGCGACUUGUCGAGGGCGAGUCCUGCUGCUGGCACUGCCUGCGCUGCACCGACUACCAGUUCCUGGUGUCCGGCGGCUGCGCCGAGUGUGCUCCGGGCACGUUGCCGGACCCGUUCCACGAGCGCUGCUUGCCGGUCCCGGAGUCGCACAUGAGCCCUGGCUCUCCCUGGGCCGCCGCCGCCCUCGCCCUGGCGUCGCUGGGCGCGCUGGCGGCCCUGGCCGUGCUCGCUGUGUUCCUGGCCUACAGGGACACGCCCGUGGUCAGGGCCUCAGGCCGCGAACUAAGCUGCGUGCUGCUGGCGGGCAUCUUGCUCUGCCACGGCACGGCGCUGCUGCUGGUUCAGAGGCCCAGCGCCGCUGUGUGCGGUGCGCAGCGGGCCGCGCUGGGCCUCUGCUUCGCCGUGGUGUACUCGGCCAUCCUGGCCAAGACGGACAGGAUCGCGCGCAUCUUCCGGGCGGGGCGCCGCAGCGCCCAGCGACCAGGCUGCAUCUCGCCGCGAUCCCAGCUGGCGCUCUGCGGGGCCCUGGUGUCCGUGCAGGGGCUCGUGGCCGCGCUCUGGCUGGCGCUGAGGCCGCCCCGCGCUGUGCACCACCACCCGACGCGCGAGGACAACCAGCUCGUCUGCCUGGCGUCCGUGCAGCGAGCUGGCUACGCGCUGGCGCUCGCCUACCCGCUCUGCCUGGUGGCCGUGUGCACGGUGUACGCCGUGCUCACGCGCAAGAUUCCGGAGGCCUUCAACGAGUCUAAGUACAUCGGAUUCGCGAUGUACACGACCUGCGUCAUCUGGCUGGCCUUCCUGCCCAUCUACCUGACCACCUGGCGCCACGUGAACCUCAACCUGACCAGCAUGGCCGUGGCCGUGAGCCUGAGCGCCAGCGUGACGCUGGCCUGCCUCUUCGUGCCCAAGUUGUACAUCAUUCUCCUUCAUCCGGAGAAGAACGUGCGGCAAUCCAUCAUGGCCAAGUACGGCACGCUCAAGAAUCAGCAGCAGCACCGCGUCGAGUCCGCCACGCAGUCGGACGUGGACUACGAGAUGAGUGACAAGCAGCGGUCCGCCUGUUCGUUAGUGUCCACAAACAGCCGAGCCAGCUGUGCCACGCAAACCGACGACCAGGACUCCGCCCUGUGGGACAAGGACGUUCAGCUCUGACCGGGGGGGUCAGCAUCGACACGCACGAGAGACAGCAGCAUCGGCGACGACUAGCGGGCGCCUCUUCCUGCUUCGAGUGGACCAUUGAGCCAAGACCCAAAGGGUCCCGGAACCCCGUUCCGGGGUCCCAACCCCAGCGGACCAAGUGUGUUGGCCGCCCUUUGCCCAAACAAACGGACGAGAACGCCGACGCCGAGCGCCCCCGACGUGGGACUCCCGGCACGCUCUGUGAUCACUGCCGCGCAGAUAUUCUUUUCUCUAUUUCUACAUCAAUCUAUAUACACACGAGCGUAUACAAGCGUCUGCCGUACUCACACUGCGCCGUCAUAUCGUCUCUUGGAUCGUUGGUGCGCUUAUACACCGAAACCUUGUGAAUAAAGGAGAGCUCUCUUUUUUUG